AUGAGUGAGGAGGAGAUAAAGGGAAAGCGAUAUGGUGCUGUCACUCGGUCGUCGGCAAAGCGAGGAGACAAAAAUGAAAAUGCAGAAGAGCAGAAGCAAGCAGAGAGUAAUAAAAGUCUACAACAAAUAAUUCAGCUGCUUACUCAUAAGAUUCAAGCUGAUGAAAUUACCCAGAAAGAGCCGAAAGUAACUGCAGACAAUUUUGCAAAAAUUGUACCCGACUUCGAUGGCGUCAGCAUCCCAGUGGAGAUUUGGCUUGAAAAUUUUGAGCAGAAUGCAGAUGCAUAUGACCUUACGGAAAAACAACGAUGCGCGCAGGCACGAGGAAAAAUGGUUAAAAUGGUCAAGUUGUUUCUGGAGUCCGAGUUGUACCAGCCGAUGAUCGAGUCAAUGAUAGCAGAGUACAAGCCAGCCGAAAACAACACAGAAUGCCCGGUGUCGAUGAAGAUCGUGCUAGAGGAGCGUACAAAACCAUUUCGUCAUCAACCAAGCCGUCACUCAGCUGUGGAAUCCGAGUCAUUCAGAAAACAAGUUGACGUCUGUUUGCAGGAUGGUAUAGAGCGCAAAUCUUCAUCGAACUUUGCCAGUCUAGUCGUCGUGGUCAAGAAGAAGGAUGGCACAGACAGAAUCUGCGUUGACUUUCGUCAAUUAAAUAGUAUGGUACUUAAGGACUGCUUCCCAGUGCCACGCAUGGAUGAUGUGCUGGAACAGCUUCAGCCCGCAAAUGUAUUUGUAGUUAUGGAUCUGGAGAAUAGCUUCCUCCACGAAGCCAUAGAGCAGAUGGAGCCAGCUGAGGCGCAGCGCAAUACUCGCUUCGAAAUAGAGGAACUGUUUAUCCACGCCAAGGUUUGCGUUCAGGAGCAACUUGGACCAGACGCUAACAGCACCGGCAUUCAUGAAUCUACGGUUAAUUUUGGGCACACAUCUGCAGUUAAGCUCCCGCGCUUAUCAUUGCCGACAUUUGACGGCAAAUACUGCGAGUACCAAAACUUUAUCUUGUCGUUUAACCAAGUUAUUGGCCACCAGCCAUCCAUGUCUAAGAUCGAGAAGUUCAACCAGUUGUUAAACUGUCUUCGAGGACCAGCCCUUGAAACGGUUCGAGCUUUCCAGGUGACCGCAGACAACUACACAAAGGCUCUGGACCGCUUAAUGCAGCGCUAUGACAACCCGACUUUCGUAUUUUUGGAUAACAUAUCGUCACUCUUCGCAUUGCCAACUGUCGCCAAGUCAAAUGGUCAGCAGUUGCGCAGCCUAAUCGAUAAUGCAUCCGCAUUAUACAACUCGUUGCGUUCGUUGAGCACCGAGCCACAGAUUUGCGAGGCCAUGCUCAUUUCCAUAGUUAUGGGCAAAGUGGACCAGGAGACUAAGAGGAAGUGGAAUGAGUCGCUGGACUACACUACGUUGCCUUCGUGGGACAAAUGCGUUGGAGUCGUUGAACGUCAUUGUCAAUAUUUGGAAUCGGAUAAGAAGCCUCCUGCUGAAGCCCCUAUGAGUCAACCAGGUGGCCAUAGGUCGCGCUCGCAGAGGAAUCAGGCAAGUCUGUCCUUCAAUUGCACCACACAAACUUGUAACAUCUGUUCACAGACAGACCACAAGACCUUUAGAUGCCCACAACUAAUCAAUCUCGCCCUAGAUAAUCGCCUCAAUGCAGUAAAGCGUUACAAGCUAUGCAUUAAUUGCCUUGGCAGGGGUCAUCUUGUAGCUAACUGCCCGUCGACGCGGAGGUGCCACUCAUGUGCACUACCGCAUCACUCGCUGCUUCAUCGGCCAUCGCCAGGAUCGGCCGCAGCUCCCUUGCCACUCCCUCAAGCGGAGCCUGUACAAGUUUCGGACCCAGUCGCGCAUACUCACACGGAGUCUCGUUCCGACUGUGUCAUUCUGGCCACGGCACUGAUUCUGGUCAAGGAUGCAUCUGGAAGCUACAAAAUAGGAAGAGCGCUUCUGGAUUCAUGUUCUCAGGUGAAUUUCAUAUCCGAGGAGUUUGCCCAAAGACUUCGACUGCCACGGAGCAAGCUCGACCUCGAGAUUCGUAGCAUUGGUGAGACACAAACGCGAAUUAAACACCAUGCAACCACCAAUAUCAAGUCGAGGCACAAUGGAUUCGAGUUGCUCCUUGAUUUUUGCGUGACAUCCCACAUCGCCUAUCAUCCAGAAUCGGAAAUUGACAUUUCUGCGUGGAACCUUCCGCAGCACUCAUCUCUUGCUGACGAGAGCUUCAACAAGUCUCGUCAGAUCGAUCUGCUUUUGGGGACGGAAACCUUCUUCGAUAUAUUGGCAGUCGGCCAAGUUAAAUUAGGAAAGGAUCUGCCCGUACUACAAAAAACACUACUUGGAUGGAUAGUGUCUGGUCGAUGUCGAGCUCAUCCCAGAACACUCCAUCAGUACUCAUCUAUCGCAUUAACAGAAAUUGACCAAAAAAUGGAACGGCUAUGGCGCAUCGAUCAUGUGGAGCUUCCUGAGAUUACACUUACGCCAGAGCAGCGAAACUGUGAGGAGUUCUACACCAAAACGCUACGACGUAAUUCAGAUGGUCGAUUGGAAGUACGACUUCCAUUUAAAGAUGAACCUACCGUUCUCGGAGCCUCAUUCGACAUUGCCAAAAUGAGAUUCCUCUCCCUCGAACGCAGCCUAUGCAAAAGGCCUGAGGUAGGGGCCAAAUAUGUUGAAUUUAUGCAGGAGUUUCAAAAUCUGGGACACAUGAGUCCCGUGAGCCAUCCACAGUUAAACACUCCGCAUUAUUAUAUUCCGCACCACUGCGUGCUCAAGCCUAAUAGCACAUCAACAAAGCUCAGAGUGGUUUUCGACGCAUCUUGCAAGACGACGUGCCAGAAAUCGCUCAACGACAUUCUGAUGGUCGGACCGACCAUUCUGCCAGAUCUUUAUACACUACUCCUGCGUUUUCGUAUACAUCGCUAUGCCAUCACUGCUGAUGUGGUCAAGAUGUUCCGCCAAGUCAACAUGUUUGCCGAGGAGAGAACGUCGCCAUUGCAACCAUUGAGCACCUUCGAAUUGAAUACUGUAACUUAUGGCACAGCGGCUGCACCGUAUCUAGCCAUACGCAGUUUGUCAUAUCUAGCCGACAAAUUCAUGGACAAAUUGGAGAUUGGAGCUAAAGCCAUCAAAUCGUCUUUCUAUGUGGAUGACUUCCUAGGUGGAGCGGAUACGGUAGAGGAGCUACAUCAAAUCAAAAGGGAAGUUACAGCGAUUCUACAGGAUGGCCAAUUAAAACUCGCAAAAUGGCAUUUAAAUCACUGCAAGUUUGUCGAUGACGCUACAGUCAAACAUUUGCAGUUGGACGACGAAAUGCUAACCAGCACGCUUGGCCUAAAAUGGGACCAAGUACGGGACACAUUCAUGUUCUCGUUUUCGCCAAGAUUCGAUUCGGACCACGUCACCAAGCGCUCGAUUUUGUCCAUAGCCUCUUCGCUGUUUGAUCCGUUGGGAUUAGUUACUCCCAUCAUCAUAGUGGCAAAAAUUAUCCUCCAGGAGCUGUGGCUCCUAAAACUACAUUGGGACGAGUCAGUACCCCAAGGCAUUCAUACAGCUUGGAUGUCCCUGCUUGCAUCGCUUUCGUCGUUGGAGUCUGUAGCAAUACCACGAUAUUGCCUCCAAUCAGCGAUACAUACCUUUCAAAUACACGGCUUUUGUGACGCCUCCAUUCGAGCGUAUGGAUGCUGCAUCUACGCUCGCACAAUCGGAUCAGAUGGGCUGACCAAGGUACAGCUAAUCACAUCGAAGUCCAGAGUUGCUCCCACCAAGAAGCUAUCUCUGCCGAAAUUAGAACUGUGUGGAGCACAUUUGUUAGCACAGCUCUACAAAACAAUCAUUAGAAUCUUCGCUGACAGAAAGCCGACUUCGUUCUUAUGGUGCGAUUCUCAAAUUGUUCUACAUUGGAAUCGCCAACACUCGGCCACCUUAUCAACCUUUGUCGGCAAUCGAAUUGCCGAAAUUCAAGAACUCACGUCAGAUUGCCACUGGAGACAUGUUCCUACUCACUGCAACCCGGCUGAUAUCUUGUCCAGGGGCUGCACUAUCACCGAGUUGGAACAAUCGAUAUGGUUCGAGGGACCUGAGUUCCUAGGCCAAGAUCAUCAACAUUGGCCAAAGGACAGUCGAGACAACAGUGACAUUGAUAUGGAAACUGUCCAACUGGAGAAGAGAAAAUCAGCCUUUGCCGUACACACGACUAGUAAUCAACUGCUUGAAGGAAUCUACAAGAUCAGUUCGCAUCAUCGCUGCCUACUAGUUAUCGCUUGGAUGUACAGAUUUAUUCAGCGCUGCCAGAUGUCCUCGGUCCUGAAGGGCCAUCCCAUUCGCACUAACCUUAAAAAUCUUAGUCUCUUCCUCCAGGUUACAGAUGGCUUCCAAAUGCUAAAGGUCGGAGGGCGCCUGGAGCUAGCAGACUACCCAAAAACCCAAAAGCAUCCUGUGCUGCUCCCAGCUAAGGAUCCAUUUGUGUCACAGUUCGCUCGCCAUCUUCAUCUACAGAACUAUCACGCCGGGCCACGGACGCUCGUCGCUUUAAUUAGAAAACAGUUCUGGAUAGUGAAUGCAAGGGACUUGGCGCGACAAGUCGUUCGCUCAUGUAUACAUUGUCGCCGCUAUCGACCAACUCUCGAAAGGCAGCUAAUGGGCCAACUGCCUAAAGAGCGGAUCACACCAUCUAGAUCAUUUUCAAGAUGCGGAAUAGACUUUUGCGGACCAAUCAACGUCUAUUUGCGCAUCCGGGGUAAGCCGCCUACCAAGGCCUACCUAACCGUCUUCGUUUGCUUUGCCACGAAGGCGAUACAUGUCGAAGUGGUAUUGGAUCUCACGACGGAUAGCUUCAUUGCAUCACUAAAGCGUUUUAUUGCCCGACGCGGACUUCCCUCGGACAUAUUCUGUGACAACGCUACAAAUUUCGCAGGAACUAACAACAAGCUCGAAUCGUUGAAGCAGUUUCUGUUUAAAGACGAAACAACAAAAACAAUCCACUAUUUCUGUCGCUCAGAGUUCAUUAGCUUCCACUUUAUUCCACCCAGGGCUCCACACUUCGGGGGCAUAUGGGAAGCUGCAGUAAAAAGUGUCAAGGGACUACUCAAUCGCACUCUUCGAGACACCAGGUUAACCUUCGAGGAGUUAGCCACUGCAGCUGCUGACGUCGAGGCGAUCCUGAACUCUCGCCCGCUAACGCAGCUCUCAUCAGACCCAAACGACCUGGCCGCUCUCACGCCUGGCCACUUCUUAGUGGGUGACGCACUCCGAGCACUACCGGAACUUCCACCAAUCGACGACAACCUGGACAAGUUGGAUCGAUGGAAAAGGGUCAGCGCACUCAAACAUCACAUCUGGAGUCGCUGGAGCCACGAGUACAUCAACGAGCUCCAAGUUCGCACAACCUGGACGAAGACUUCACCAAAUUUGGCUGUCAACGACAUGGUCAUCGUUCACGAGGAUAAUCUUCCCCCACAACGACUUGCAGAAAGCCUGGAGUCCGCGGCUCGUGAAUUGCGCUCCGUUCUCGCAAACUAUGGUUUACGGGACACCGAAUCGGAUGAGGAUACGUUCCCGAAAGGCUCGCUCCAGUUAGGGGACGCUGGCCCGCCGCAUGGGGAUGAGUUCGACCCAUUUACUGAAGGAGUCAAGGAACACUAG